CAGGAGACCUGGACCUGGGUUUAUAUAGCAGAGUCAUUGUGCUAACUUGUGAAGAUGGAGAGAAGUGAAGGGGAGGAGUCAGAGGCAGAGAGCGCAAUAAAACCUGGAACACCUGCCAGCAGUCCUGGAGCAAAAUGGUACAAGACAUUCAAACAUGGAAGUUCAGAUGAAGAUGAAGAGAUGGACAUUAAGUAUGAAGUGGUGUACAAGCAGAGAGAAGCCUGCUGUACAGGUAGAUGUGGUGUCUGGCAUGUUAUAUUCCCUCAUGGCUACAAGGAAGAGUUUGUAGAAGAGCUGAGCCUUGCCUGGCCUAUGGUAGUGACUUUUGUGUUCACGUACAUGUUUGGUCCAGUGGCUAUCAUGUUCUGUGGACAUCUGGGGACAGCAGAGUUGGAUGCUGUGGGGCUGGCAAAUUCUGUAAUCAAUGUUCUUGGGGUGUCUAUAGGUGCCGGGAUGACCACUGCUUGUGAUACUUUAUUUGCUCAGACAUUUGGGAGUACUAACAAGAAGAGAGUUGGAGUGUAUUUACAGCAGGGUGUUAUAAUCCUGUCUUUGCUGUGUUUUCCUUGCUGGGCACUGUGGGUUAACAUAGAGAGACUGUUGAUUCUAGUGGGGCAGGAUGCUGAAGUUAGCAGGUUGGUUGGAGAGUAUCUCAUGUAUUUUCUCCCGGGACUUUUUUUCAAUUUCCAAUUUGAAAUAGUGGCAAAAUAUUUGCAAGAUCAAAACAAAGUCUUCCCGACCAUGGUAACAGGACUUGUGGGGAAUACAGUCAAUGCAGCUUGUCACUGGUUGUUUGUGCUGCAGGCUGGUCUGGGAACACGUGGCUCUGCUAUUGCUCAGGUUAUUGGGUAUGCUGUCAUGUUAUUCAGCACGUUAGCUUAUAUAUGGGGAAGUGGACUCUACAAAGACACUUGGGAUGGUUGGACAUGGGAGUGUUUUGAAGACUGGGGAACAUUUAUCAAACUGGGUGUCCCAGGAUUACUGAUGAUUUGUAUUGAGUGGUGGAGUUUUGAGAUAGGGACUAUUUUAACAGGUAUUGUGGGCAAAACAGAACUUGGAGUUCAAUCAAUUUUAUUCCAAUUAGAAAACUUUGUUUACAUGGUCCCAAUGGGUAUUGGUGUAGCCUCUUCUAUAAGAGUGGGGCAGGCGCUGGGCGGUGCAGACCCUGCAGGGGCCGUCACAGCCAGCAGAGUGGCUCUCUCCAUGGUGUGGGUGGUUGCCCUGGUGAUGGCUGGUCUUAUGGUGGCUUUGAGGUGGUACUUCCCCUUGGCUUUCACCAAUGAUCCAAAGGUGAUAUCAUUGGCAGCAGAUGCAAUCCCUGUACUGGCAAUUUUUACAGUGUUUGAUGGCACAGCCGCAGUUUGUAAUGGAAUCCUACGAGGAGCAGGCAAACAAACCAUUGGUGCUAUCAUCAUAUUUGUCUGUUAUUACAUCAUAGGCCUUCCUAUAUCUAUACCUGUCCUCUUUCUGACUGAUCUCACAGUGAAAGGCUUCUGGAUGGGACUUGCUAUUGCGCUUGCAGUAGAAUCCCUGGCAGCUUUUAUUGUGGUCCAGUGCUUUACUAAGUGGGAUAAAGAAGUAUUAAAGGCCCAGGUGAGAGCAGGUGUGAUAGACGAGGCUGCAGGUGAUGACCAGCAGGUGCAAGAGAGGUUCCAGUCAGACUCAGAAGCAGAGUACUCAGAUUACCACAGCGAGUCGGAGGCUAAUAGAGACAGUGCAUCGCCUUUAUUACACACCAGGCGGAGCCGGUCCAGGACAAGACGCCCCCGCAGUAGGUGUGCUACUCAGAAACGCUACAUGUCACCUUAUACCGUCCUACCUGACAGAGAAGUCCCUGAGAUCAAACAUGGGCAGCUGUCUAAGGGGCAGUUAAUUUUUAGAAGAACUUUGGCAUUUUUGUUUUCAUUUGCUUUAUUAGGUGCUGGACUUGCAAUACGAUUUUGUUUACCAAAGUAAGGUUAUAGUGCAAUAGUGGAUAUGAAAGAUAUGGCUGAUUGUGUACUUAUAGAUAAUGUAAAAUGUUGUGUAUACAAUUUUCAGCAAUAAGGAACUUUUUGCGUUACAGCCAAUAUUAAAUUAAACCCAUUAGAUUGGAUUGGAAACAUUAUUUUUUGUGGUAUUUAGUUCCAGAUUGAUUCUAGUCAAGAAAAUACUUGAUAUUUUAGAGAGCUCUUGCAUGUUUGUUUUCCUUUCUCUUACUUUUUAUCUUAUAGUGGGCUUUCAUUAAUGUAUUUUUAUUUUGCCUUAUUUAUAAUUUUUUAAAGAUGUUUCAACUAGAAAAAAUUGUUUAAUUCUAUUUCAUCUCUGCUCCAUGGACAGUUAACCUGUGAAUUGAUUUUGUUUUUAUGUUUACAGUAAGAUGAUACUGAAAGUGGCAACAUCAUGCAUCCUGCAUUUUAAUUUAGUUUUAUUGCUGUUAUAGUUGCCAUUCUUUAGUUGUGAUAGAAGUGAUUGUUUGCAGGGAUCUCUAGUUACCUGUUACAUAUUGUAUCAUGUUCUUAAAUUGUGUGUACUAUUUUAGAAGCCCCUGUGUUAUCAGGGGAAACAUGUAUGUUCCUUCUUAUGAUGGAA